CGGGAACACCCUGGCUGUGGAUCUCUUCGUUCAGACGGUGCUGAGGCGCACCAACAGGCGGACACGUUCGCCGAGAUCUCCAGGACUGACUUCCCCCCCUCCCUCAGCCUGCCCCGCUCCUCCGCCGGAGAAUCCCCGCUGCCCGCAGCCGCCAGGAUUUCCUAGAGGCUACCUUGUGGACACUGGUGCAACGCCGGGACCUUUGCAAAUCACAAGUUUGAUAAUGCCAACAGCAGAGGAACUACUCGAUUGUGUGCAGGUCAUCAUGGAGCCCAAGAGCAUAAUAUAGCUCCUACUGACUCCUUCUUUAAAACAUAGUCUCUUGGCUCAUUCUUCUGGCUGAUUUGGGGGGGGAGGGGUCGAGCAAAUGGAGAAAGCUGUUGACGACUUAAAUUUGUCCUUUCUGCUGGAGCAUGAGAGGGAAAUGAUCCUGAAGGUGCUGCAGAAAGAUGAGAAGCUGAGGAAACGCGAGGAGAAAAGGAUACGAAAGUUGAAAAAUGACCUGCUGGAGAUCAAGCGAAAAGGUUCCCGUCGGCCACAGGCCUCCGAGGAGCGGCAGUGCGCUCGCUGCCUCAAGACGUUAGGGCUGAUCUUUGACCGCGGCGACCUGUGCGAGGAGUGCCAGCUGCGCAUUUGCAGCGAAUGUCGCGCCACGGCCGGCAGCUCGCGCAAGUGGAGGUGCAACGUCUGUGCCAAGAUUUCGGAGCUGAAGGUGGUGACUGGGGAGUGGUUCCUGGAGGAGCGGUCCAGACGCUUUGAGCAGAAAGAGCUGAGCAGCGACGUAAUCAAGCAGUCCAUCCUGAGCACCCCACCAACUGCAGAACAAAAGUCUACAGAGAACCUGUCUGCGUCCUCUGAACCAGAGAAACCCGACACUCCGAAAUCCAACAGAAGUGCUGUCCGCAACAUCAUAGAUGGUGCCAGAAAGAAAGGACGGAUGAAGAUGGGUAAGAAAGGCGGCCGCUCCACCUUGAAACCAGGGGACGGAGUCGACAGCGCCAGCCUCAGGUCGUCUUCAGAUGGAGAAACCCAAAGUGUUCGUUCUGCUCAGAGUCAGCAUUCAAACAGGGGCGCUGCGGUGGCUUUAGAGUCCUCGGGUUUGCCUACUGUCCCCAACAAUCUGCGUUCCCCAACUCCGGAUAAAUCCCCCAGCAACAACCGGAGGGUCAGGCCCGACGGAGCGGAAAGCGUCGCCAGUGUGCGCUCCACCGAGGAGAAGGGGCCUGAGAAGAAGGGGGCGGGGCAUCAGCGCACAAACUCGGACACGCCGACCAUCUCCGUUUCCCGCGCCUCUGUGUCAUCAGAUCACAGCCGCUCAGAGAUGGACCUGUCAGCUCCGGGGUCUGAGCUCAGCGACGAUGCCCUCAGCCUCAGAAGCCGCUCGGUCCCCGGGCUCAACCAAGCGGAGUUUUCUGACGACGAUGCAGAGGAAGACAUCGACGCCCUGAUGUCUGCACACAGCCUGAACAGGAGCGGACGCCUCAGCAACGCGGCAUCCACGUCCUCCACUCCCGGCACAGAAAGGAGGUGGGGGUACCUUAAUGUCCCCGACUCGGAUGCUGAGACUAGCAGCCUAAACAGCAUGAUGAGCAUGUACAGUGAGACCGGUGACUAUGGAAAUGCCAGGGUGAGCGGCGAGAUCCUCCUGAACAUCAGCUACAGCUACAAAACAGGCGCCCUCAACGUUCUGGUGAAAAAGUGUUACAACCUGGCAACCGGAGACGAGAGGAGGCAGCGCACGGACGCUUAUGUGAAGACUUACCUGCUUCCUGACACAUCGCGCCAGAGCAAGAGGAAGACCAGCAUCCGACCCAACACCAUUAACCCCGUUUUCAAUGAGAACCUGAGAUACGUGAUCAGCCACUCGCAGCUGGAGACCCGCACCCUGCAGGUGUCUGUGUGGCACCACGACCGCUUUGGAUACAACAGCUUCCUGGGAGAAGUGGAGCUGACCUUUGAUUCCUGGGAGUUCGACUCGCAGAUAGAGGAGUGGUACUCUCUGCAGCCCAGGGUAGAGAGCAGCAUCGACUCCACGAUGCAGUACAAAGGAGAGCUGACCGUCGUGUUGAAGUACAUACCUGCAGAGAAGAACCUCAUGCUGCCUCUGGACCAGGUUCAAGCAGUGAAGAAGAGUUUCCUCAAAGGCAAAAAGACGAGCAGCUUCACGCUGCCUAAAGGGGGCAUGGUCGAGCUGCUGGUCAAAGGGGCCAGAAAUCUAACCGCUGUCAAGUCUGGAGGCACCUCGGAUCCUUUUGUGAAAGGAUACCUCCUGCCAGACAAUAACAAGUCAACCAAGCACAAGACAGCGGUGGAGCGGCGCACCGUCAACCCACAGUGGAACCACACCUUCACCUACUGCGGCCUGCAGGACGCAGACCUCAGCAACAUCUGCCUCGAGCUGACCGUGUGGGACAAAGAAGCUCUGUCCAGCAACGUCUUCCUAGGAGGAGUCAGGCUGGGAGCUGGGACAGGCAAAAGCUACGGGAACGAGGUGGAUUGGAUGGACUCCUAUGGGGAAGAGAAGGAGGUUUGGCAACGCAUGAUUGAAAACCCAGAGGUUCCUCAAGAGUGCACGCUGACGCUGCGGUCGAGCAUGCGCAAGUGCAACACGUGAACUUAGACAGAAGCACAUUUGAUGAGCGAACUACAGGGAGGGAAAGAGGCGCGGAAAGUCAUGUGAAGUUGCAGGGCGAGAGCUGGAGCGGGGCGAUCGGUCCAGAACAAAAGCAAGCAAUGGCUAAAAUUGCACCGUCCCUCUCUGUACGUUCGUUCUGGUUCAGAUCUCUUCUCCUGUCCACCACAGCCAGUCAUGCCUUACUCACUCACCCACAUGUGCCCCCCUUUCUUCCCAAAGCAUCUGUCUUGACCAAGCCCUGCUGCCGUUGACUGCUGUUCUUAGGAAACCCUUGUUGUAUUUAACUUACUGUAACUUCUGCAUAAGCACAUGGUGGCCCCUGAUGUCUAUGUCCUCGUCUCAACUGUGGGCCCCUUUCUGCAUGUAGUAACAGCUAAUCAAAACAAUUAAAGAUGUAUUAGAUGAAGCAAUGUUUAAUAAUACAUGUAAACAUUCCCUUUAUAGGCAACCAAGCCGAGUUGCUUGGCUUAUUUUAAAUAUAUAUAAUGUGAGGGGAAAGCAGCUAAGCUAAACUUUUAACAACUGGAGCUUUCUUUUUCGGAAACGUUUCUGUAAAUUUAACUAAAAGGAUUUUGGAAGAUCCCAUUUUAAUUCCUACACUAGAUGAUUUCAACACAAAAUUCUCCAAAAUGAUACAAUUUUAAAAAAAAAGGACACUAUUAAAAUAAAGAGUGAAAAGAGCUAGGGAGCUUUUCAAGUAUAAUUCUUCAUUUACUCAAAAUAAUAUAUCAAAAACAAACACUUAACUUUUAUGCACUAACAGUUCAAAAGCACAAUUAUUUUUAUUUAUUUACUCCAUUUAAUAUAUAUAUACAGGUUUUCUUAAAAAUAUAUAUAUGUUAUAGGCACUCAUGGUUUCCCUAGAAUGAUGUCUAUGGUUUACUUCAAAUCAGAUUUAUAGCAAAGUUUAUUUUAAGUCAAGUUUAUCCUUUUCAUGACAGGAUAAUAUUACUAAUGUGAUGCUUCACUGUGGUGAAAAAUUUUAAUUUCUCCAUUAAAAGCAAGCAAAACUCUAUUAAUUAUAGUCUGUAUUUCAAGCUAAUUACCAAAAGUUAGGAGAUAGAUGACUAGGAGCUUACGUAUGAAAGUUUAAUUUAUUUUCUUUUGGCACUUGGUUGCAGAUGCCUUCAGGAAAUUCUUGAUCCCUCAGGAAAUAUUCCUGCUUAUGAUUCCCUAAUCUUUACGUCUGCUUUAUCCACAGUUAGAUAAACCUAUGCUGUUUUUGAGAUUUUAUUUACAGCGACAUGGUGGUACGAUUGGUAGCACUGUUGCCUUGCAGCAAGAAGGAACCGCAUUCAACCUCACUGUUAAUAUGUUAAUUGGUCUCUUUAAAAUAAUGUAUGAAUUUGUGCAUACAUGGGGGUGUGUCCAAUUUCUUCGGUGAACAUGGGAUUUUGGUUCAGGGCUUCUUGGUUCUAGUGAGGUACUGUAUGCUUCAGCAGACAUUUUCGGACAAUUUCAUGUUCAGAUUGUGGUAACAGUUUGUGGGAGGGCCCCUUCCUGUUCCAACAUGGCUACACACCAGUGCACAAAGCAAUAUAAAUACAUGGAUGAGUGGGUUUAGUGUGGAAGAACUAGACUGACCUGCAAGAGUCCUGACCUCAGCCACAUAGAACAGCUUUGGGAUGACUUAGAGCAGAAACUGUGAGCCAGGCCUUCUUGUCUGACCUCGCUAAGCUUAUGUAGCUUCAGAUUGUAGCCCAGCAUCAUAUAAAUCAUAUAAAGACAGUGGGAUGACAACCGUAAAGUUUGUAUGUGUAUGAAAAGAGAAGGGCAGAAAGGUUUGAUAUUAUAGUAAUAGCUUAUGUGGUGUUUCUCUAAUCCUCCUGUAGCUAGCCAAAAAAGCAACUUGUAUUUUUAGCUAAUUAGCAAAGUCAAGCCUGCAAACGAUUUUAGCAUGCGAAAUACUAGUAUAACUUUGUCAUAAUCCUUGAGUAUUUGCAGGUAAAUGCUUGCUAAACCUGUGAACAGCAAACACCUGAUAUAAAACUAGAGUAAGUACAAUGUAAAACCAUGAAACAUAGUGAUUAUUACUUUUCCCUUGGCCAUGAUUUCCAUCCAUUUAUUUGCCCUUCAUGAUCACCAAGAAGUGCUCAGUGCUGUAAAUAAUAAUUUAAACACAAUCAGUGACAACAAUAGACAGAUGGAAUAACUUGACGUCACUCCCGUUCCUAAAUACAUUUUAUUAUAUCAGCUGCUUUUUUUUCUUUGUUGUUUUUGCUGAAGAUCCUUGAUCAGUGGAUCAUUCAGACCUUUUAUAAAUAACCGUGUCAGGAAAUACAUGGAGCUUCGCUGCUUUCCCCUCUGGUUUAAAGAAAAUAUCUCAAAUGUGGCACAUAGUCUUGUCUGAUUAGAAAAUGUAGACCAGCUUCUUUGUAUAGUUACACAACACUGUAUCAGUGUGUUCAUUGGAACCGCAUAUUAGGGUACAAAAAAACAAACGAGAGAAAAAAAGUUACACAAAGCACCGAUGCUGACAUCACUUUACACCGAGAGGAGAAAGUGUGACCUGCAGAGUGUUCUCAGGAACCCUGAGCCGGGUCUGUGUGUUAUAGCGUGAGUCAGCACCGACGUGAGCUGCCAUCAUCUCAGGGAGGGGGGACCAAUAAUGAGCCACUGAUAGUCAGACGGUGACCUUGUCAUUGCCGCCCGGGGAGCUGUGAUCAUUCGUCCUGUGAUGAAUCCUGCAGUUCACUGAAUCAUCUGCAAAUAUAAAGCCUUCUUAGAGACAUUAUUUCAUGUGGAAUGCUGGUUAUAUUCCCCUAGGUCUCUGUGAACCAUCUGCUCUAAGCUCCCAGCUACAGAUAUAAAGUAAUAACAAUUAUAAUUCAAGUGCUGACCGUUUAGCAUGACCCAGAAGCUCAUGCAAUUUCUUUUAAUACGGAGGAAACUCUUUCUGUGCCGCAUGUACCAUCUCUGUUAUGUCCGCUUCAUCAGACUUACUUUUUUAAGUUUGUUUUCACCCAAACGUGCUACAAGAAUAUUUUGAAAUAGGUGCAUCUUUCCAUAGACUGUAUGAUGGUUUUAUUGUUUUUGAAGAAUUAAUACUUAUAUUAAACCAUUUCUGAUUGAUUUCUG